GAAAGCUGUGGAGCUAGUCGGCUAAGCAGCGUCUUUUGAGCAGGACGGUGCUGCGGGAAAUCUUCUUCGAAUUAUUUCUUGCUUUGUUCAAUGAGUUUUUCAAUCAAUAUGCAUUUCCUGAAACGUGAAGUGACUCUAGAGAACCAUACUCUUGUGCUUAUGAACCCGUGUCCGUCACCGUGUUGUUAAGGAUCCGUUGUCAUCCCCUGCAAGCUGCCGCCUGAGAGUUUAACCAGUCACUGCCAGUGCUUCGGACGAAGCCAGUCUCACGCGCUCAAGAAAUACCCAAGCUUCAUCGAAGCUUCUUAGAACGACUGCUAAUUCCUUGUAACUUAGUUUCGCUGUGUAUCUAAGUCUUGUACUGAGUAUUUCAGUCAAGCUUACUUCACUGCAAUUUUUAUUGUUUUGUGCUCAUAUCAGGUUCUCAGUUAAUUCUGUUGGACUGAUUUGUGAUAAUUUUAAUCCAGUAUUGUGCCAUCAUCUUGUAUAGAAAAUUUCUAUCAAGGUGUUUCCUGGGUAGAAAUUAUUUGUUUAGGUCUAUCCAGGCUAGCGCACUUGAGCUUGUAUAGAAAGUUUCUAUCGAGUUCACUUGGUACCUUCCUCAUUAAAUCUUCAAUAGCUUAAAUUGAGCUGAAGUAUAGAGUAUUUCUAUCUUUAGUUUCUUUUUUGCUAUUGCUCCUUUUUAUCUAUCAUAAAUAGUUAUAACAUCAAUCUAUUAUCAAUUAAUAACCGGGAAUUAUUUUCAAAAAUUCAUUUCACGUAGAGAACAUAGCCUCAAAGUCUAGUGAAACAAAGCUUAUUUCCAUUAAAAACUUAACAACUUUUCUUUGCAAGUUUACUGGGUUAGAUAGGAUUUUUUGUAUCUAGAAUAUAUUUUGAGAAAAUUUUUGAUUAAUACUAUAAGCUUUGAAUUUUCAUAAACGUCAAGUACAGGUUCAGGGAUUUUCACCGAAUAUUGUGGGUGAACCUUGGGCCAACGUGUGAUUUGUUCUGUAACAUUACCAUUUUAUCAAUCAAUAAGAUGGUGGCUCCUUCUAUACUAAAUCGACCGACUCGUGUGUUUGCUCGCCUCACCUUUACUGGCGAGGAAAAGAAUUCGCCCCCAGUUUGCUGUGAUCUUUCUAGGGUGGCUUCUAUUGUACCUGCUAAUCCUUUACCGGUCAACUUGAACUCUGGAGACAACAGUAGGGCUCCUCCUGUUCACGCCAUGCAGUGCAUUACCAAGGACGAGAAGCUUUCUGUAUUGUGCAAUGACAAUCAGAAAAUUUCAAUUCCUCAUAAUGCAGCAGACAAUUCAAACUUCAACAAGGAUACCGAUGAUCCCAAGGAUGAGGAUAAGAAUUCUAACGCCUCGCCCAAAAAACCGGCCACUCCAGUGCAGGCACGCCGUAAGAGAGCUCGUGAAGAUGAUGCCGAGAUUGUGUCCCAAUCUCCAAUAAUGAUUUCAUCUGUUACUCCCGCUGCCGCAGAGUCUCCUAACCGGAACGAGAUGCAUCAUAUUGAUGCUCUUGUCAGCGAAAACGAGAUUCUCAAGCAGGAGAAUAGAAUUCUCAACCAGAAAGUGCUAGCUUUCCAGCGUAUCUUGAGCACCGAGCCAAAUUUUGAGCAUGCGAGGAAGAAAAUUAAAGCUCUUGAACUCACGGUCUUGGCUUAGAGGCCUUCUAAGGAAUUUUUUGUUGACUUUUCCACGAUUGGCCAUCUUCUUAACUGUUCCAUUAAGUAACCUUGUUGACCAGAAUAUUUUCCGUGAUGGUCAUUUGGCGUCUUCCUGGGAGCCUGAAUUUGUCCAAAUUUUUUAGGUCUACAAAUAUGUUUCUGUUAGCUUGAUUUAAUAAUAUUAUUUUCAUUAAAUUUGCAAAAAAGCUCGUUUGCUGUUAUUUUUUACGUUCAGAGAUUUGCUUGUACACAUGCCAACAUGUUAUUUUUCGAUCUAUUAGUUAUUAUUAUUUGUUGAUUAAGAGUUCAUGUAGAUUUAAAAUUUUUAUCGAUUAGAACAACGGCAUUUUCCGAAUUAAAAUGUGAACCCUUAAAGUAUAUCCUUUUGUACUGAGACUGUUCAUCUGCCUAUAAGAACAUUGAUCAAUUGAAAUGCGUUACAAUUCUUGGGGUUGUCCUGUUGGGGUAGCCACCAUUAACCUCAAAAUUGCCACGUUUAUCUUUAUAUAGCAAAUUGAGCCUUCAUAUUUUGUUUGAAAAUUAUUUACCAGUAUGAUUGGUUGUUCUUGUGUAAAUUAAUCCCAAUACGUUGGGUAUUAUUUUUUUAGAAUUAAACUAAUCAUUUUCGAUUGAAAUUGCAUCAGGCAAUUAUUUUGUUUACUGUUAUUUAUGAGUGACCUUCAUGCGACGUUUAGCUGUAAAAUCACCCGUUCGUAUUCAAUAAUUUCAGUUGAUAAUAAGAUUAAUAACGUUUGUUAACGUUGAUCAGGGAUUCGAGUUUAUUUUGCUUAUUGAUCAGGAACUGCUAAAUGAAAAUUAAUCUUGGGGAAGUCGAGAAAUUUUGUGCUGUUUCUGUGAGAUAAACUUGCAUUUAAGAUAAACGCCUUCAUAACUUUCGGGAAUUAUGUCUAUGACAUAAUUUAAACUUUGCUGUACUAUGAACAGAAAAGUAUGUAUGGCCUCAAUCCUCAUGCUGGUCAAACCUUUACUAAGUAUUCUAAUAAUGACAACACAUCCGAUGUUCGUCAACUACUUAAUUGUAGAGCUCAGAUUUUUUCAUGCCAUGAAAGCGUAAUUAAAAUUUAUGAAGUAUAGGCUGCGUUGCGAUGGAUUUUAAAAUUUUGUGUUGGUUAUGAGCAUUGAAAUUGAAUGUUACAUUUCCAUUGAUCUUCAAUUUGCUUUAUAAGUAGAAUUUUACUUUUAUUUGAGAAAAUUGGACAGUAAAAAUGCACGUUUCGUAAUAAAAUUCAUCAGUU